AUGGAGUCUGAUCUGCCUAAAGAAAUCUUAGUUGGAGAAAUAAAGCUCAGUGCAGUGAGCAAUGGAAGCUACAAAUACUGUAGCCGACAAGAAUAUAUACUAUCAGAAAAAGAAGAAAUUAUACUUGAUAACCUUUAUUUCGCGCACGAAAGAAGGUUGAGAAAAGUGUUUGCUAAUGCUCUGGCCGCUUGCCAGCAACACUACAAAGAUUUAUUAUCUGAAAAGCGAGAUAUACUCCGCAGAGUAAAUCUUGCUUUAGAAGAUCUGGUUCCAGUAAUCCGCAGAUUACCGGAUGAAGAUCAAUUUAGAAAUAUAUUCUCAAGUUAUUUGCAGUUGCAGGAUAUUGAAGACCUGUAUAUCCUUCGCAAAGGAAAUACAGGAGAUGAUCAAUCAUGUCAUGGAAUGGACAUCAUCUAUGCUAAUCAGCUUGCUACAUCCAGUAAAGGAGAUUGGUUUAUGCCAAAUCUGAAAACUCACUUGCCUGUGUAUACAAUGUUACAACAAGAAGCCAUAAAAAAGAACCUGAGGUGCCUUGAAGAAGCCUCUGAAGAAGUCCAUAGAUUGAUCAUCCAAAAACUUCACUCGGAGCCUAAAGGAUUCAAGAGCCUCAAGCAACACUUAGAAAUGGCAACCAUCAACACCUAUGUCACUCCAACAAUGUUCAGUUUAGAUUCAGGACUAAUUAGUUUCAUUGAUGCAAAACUUGGAAGUUCGGAAACAUUAGUCAGUGGAUUCUUUGAGAAUGGAUUACUACACAAACUCGAAGUUGAGACUACAAGUUACAAAGAAGCCACUUUACUUCCUACAUGUAUUCGACAAUCUUUGAUGGCCUACGUCACAGAAGUCAGGAGGUUCAAGAAGAUUUUUCCCCAGAAAAUCUUCUUGAGAUUCUACAGUACCGGUCCUGAUUGGGAAAAUGAUGGAGUGAGUUACUUCCCCAGCUAUCAUCUAAUUCUUAUGGAUUAUGAUAAAGAACUUCAGGCCAAGCCUAUCCGUCCAAUAAAUCGGAUAUGGCAAGAAGCAUGGAUGGAAGAAAAAGAGGUGCAGAAGAGAAAAGCAUUAUCCAUGAAAACUAUAGUAGGGACUUUGCGCUAUACUUUUCAUGACACUUGUUCUUACCUGAAGAUCUAUGCAAUAUCUCCAAGAAUCUUGAUGUUGGGCAAACGUAUAUAUGGCAACAAUGGGUAUGGAUGGUACCAGGCUCGGCAACGAGAACUCUUUGACAGAAUCAAUAAAUGGUGCAAUGGAGAAUUUGAAGCCAGUGCUUUUUGUAAAGUACAUUAUUGCUCUCUGAUGCAUGGAUGCUUUCACAAAUGCAACAUCUGUCAGUCACCAGAAAUCGAUAAAAUGUCAGAAGACUAUGCGGUUGAUGAGGAAGCCGUGCACAAUUUAUAG